GUCACAAUGAAAUACAAGCAUGGAUUUCUUGAUUUUGCACGAGAAGGCCGAAGACCAAAGAAGCGUUUUUGGCACAAGAUGGAAGACGAAAAUCAAACAAGCAUUGCGGAGAUAGAUUAUGUUGUAGAUGGCUUUUCGUCAGAGCAAGGAUUCAAAAAUUUGCUUGAAGAUGAAGUCUUCAUUGACUACUUUAAUACUUUCCUGUCGUUGCCUGUCUUUGCUAAGAGGCUUCAUUAUCGGAGGGAUUCUUGCAUGUUUGAAAUGGAUGUGCCAUCAGGCCACACAUGUAAUCAUUGCUCCCAACAUGAUGUCAUAGCCUUUGCUUGGAAACAGCGAGGGACUUUGUUCCUCAAAACCGACAUAUGUAAUGAGUAUCGGUUGUGCAAACUUUUGCUGAAUGAAUUGCUCAAGGCAAAUGCAGAUGACAAGUACUCUUUAGAUUUGCAUAGGGAGAUUGGAAAUGUUCUCUCUAUGCAGCGACUGAAGGCGUUCUUCCACGAAUCUGCUGGCGAAUGUCUUAUGUCCUUCUGGCUGGCGGCUGAAAGGUUUCGCCGGCAAACCACCUCUGAAUGCAGACGAUUUCUCAUUAGAGAAAUCCAAGAUAAAUAUAUACGACAGGGUGCAUGGCUGGAGCUUCAGGAAAGCAUCAAAACCAAGUUUGCUUCAUGCCUGGACCAUUUGGUUGAUGGAUCUCACGAGGAAGCUACCGCGUCCGUUAAUGGUGAUUUGCUGACACCUUGUCAAGAUAUGGCCUUGUCCUGUCUGACGUCAUAUUGGCUCCCGAAGUACCUUUCACAUCGUAGCCACAAAAGGCAGAAAUUUAAGAGAAAGUGGAGAGCAGCUUUGCAGACAACUGGGGACUUUGGUGUUAAGACACAGUUCAACGAAUUAUUGAGUAGCAUCAAGGCUACGAUGGCUAAAUCACCUGGAAUUCAAGCAGAUGACGUUUCUUGUGCAACGUCUCAAGAACCAGAACUGCAAUUCCCAUCUGAAAAAUCAAGCAUGAACGAUGUAUUCAGCAGAGGGAACUCACUGCAUGGAAAUAGCGUUCUUAGCGAAAGAGAAUCAGAAUUGGCUGACAGAAAUGAAAUGUUUACUCCUGAUACAGUUAUCACAUUGGAAGACGAGGAGAGCAGUGAAGGGUACUCCCAAAGACAGUCACAUGCAAGUCACGUUUCUCUCAGACUGCCUCAGUUACAUGCAAGCCUUAGUCUCGUUUCAGCCACAAAAAUUGAAUCGAAAUUACCAAAUGCUUCAAAUUUAACAAGAAAUUGCAACCAACUUGCAGCUGUUUGUGCCAAACUCAGAGAUGUUUCCCUGUCAAGAGCCCUUGCAUUGACAAACAGUAUACGCGGCAGCUCCUUUGUCGACGUGGAAACUCAGUUCGCUUUUCCAAAUGGAUUUGUUGACUAUGGCUCCCAAUGGCCUAAUAAAAUUGACGAAAACCUGGAGCACCUAUGGACUGCCCUUGCAGCCGAUCAACUCGCAGGGCAACCAUUUUGCGACUACAUUCGGCUGCUAAGCAAGGAAAAAGCGUUUGCAAAUAUACGAUUCUGGGCCGCUGCGCAGGGAUUUCUCUCAAGUCUUGUCCAUAUGGAUACAUUGACGCGAAGGAGGCAAGCACGUGCUCUUAUACACAUUUAUCUGCUUGGAGACAGCCCUAGAAAGACAUGUCUCGGUCGCGAUAUUGAAACAAAAAUUUGUGAACUGCUACCGAACGAUUUGGGAUACACAGUCCUUAAUGCAGCUUGCUGGCAGUGUGCUAAGGCUCUGAUGCCAUUCUGGCUAGAGUUCUUAGACCUCGACGAUGAGAAGUUUGCUGAAAUUGUGAGCUACAGAAUCUCUAGUGCUCAAAAAAUAUUUGGCAAAGAUUCAAGAAAAGUAUCUGUUACCUUUGGUGGUGAAUACAGCACCCGGAGAAGAAAAGUGAGAGAAAAAGUCCCUGCAAAGCACAUGUGGAAUGCUUUACAGCUUGCUAUUUCAAUAUCUGUACCACAAACAGCCAAGCCGUUACUCGAAGGAUACGAAGAUGUUGAUGAUGGCGAUGAGGAAAAAUUCGAGAGCAGUUUACAAGAACGUCGUCUACGUAUUCUAAACAAACAGGCAGCGCAAGCUUUAGAAGAUUACAGAAAAUCAAACCCAUAUCAGAGUGCUAUGGCCUAUUAUUUUUACCAACAAAAUCUAUUACUUGGAAACAUGGGAUCAAAACAAACUGAUAACAGACACAUGACUACAAUAACAAAGGAGCUUGGUAAAAAGCAUUUACAUGACAAUAAACCGAGGCUGCCAAGACCGAGGUCAUUCCAAGAAAUUCUUCAUGACCCUGCGCAACUUGAGGCUUUCAAAAAGUUCUUGGCCAAGUCUGACAGCGAAAUACCAAUGCUGUUCUGGCAAUCAGUAGAAUCAAUGAGAAUCAACACGAAGGAAGCUAAACAAAGGCAACACCGAGCAAAUGGCAUUGUUAAGAGGUUCUUUGGCCCAGGUACUAAUUACGGCAAAGCUUUGGAUUGCACGGCAGAUAUCGUCCGAGAUCUUCCGCAGAUGGACAAAGUGACUCCUGCUAUGCUGGUUUCUGCUCAGACAUGUGUGACACGUAGCAUGGAAGAGAAAUGGUUUGUCCAAUAUCUUGCAACAUUCCCAGCGGAUGAAGAACUGUCAGGCAUUACUAAAUUGCCUCAUUUCCGUUCUAAGGCAACCACCGGGUUGCCAGCAUCCAAGAGUAUCAAGCACAGAAAUCGAGCUUUGUGGAAGAUGUUUGCGCGCAACAUUGUGAGCUUCAGACGUGGGAUUGCAAAUCAUCGAGUUCUCAGGCAUUUUCAGAGCUUUCUUCGAUAUGAACACAAAAUGAACGUAAAACGCAGCAAAGAGCAAGGAGAGGAGGGCCCGGAGCGUGUGCUGAUCAGCAAUAAACUUGUUUCUACAGAGAAACUUAUUAAUGAUUUGCGAUUCUGGAUAGAAGUCGACAGAUACAAAGAAUUCGCUGAUGCCGUUGUCCUUUGUGCCAAAUUGGGAAACUACACCAAAGAUGACGAGCUUAUAGUGACAAGAAAAGCAAAGGCCAUCGUCAACUGUUUCGUCGACUCUCUGGUUCCCCCAAGAAUUCAGAUUAAUGUUCCUGUUGACAUUGCUGACGCCAUAAUGAGCCACGUGAAAAGCGACAUUAUAGAACGAGGCUUGUUCCAUGAUGCGGCCUUUUCUGUUUUUUCAGUUCUCUUGCACUACUGGAAAAGAUUUUGUCAUUACCGGAUACUACCGAAAUCGAAGCUACCAGAAUGCCCUUCCAGUGCCAAAACUACUCGCUCAACACAAAUCGAGAGGAGGAAGGUUGCUCUGCAAAAGAAUCAGUGCAGGCGUGUCAGUGUACAGCCAGGAGAUGAAUGCACGAAGAUAAUGUUUUCACUGCAAAACGGUAUUCGAAUUGCCAUUGUGCCAAUAGAGGAAGAGAAGAAAUCCUGUGAUAAUCACAAACUGCCUAAGAUAAACCCUUUCAAGUUGGCAAGCAAAAUCACAAAUUCAUAGUUUUAAAACUGCCUGUUUCCCGGUCGAAUGGAAAAAUAUUUUAAUCUUGUGUGUAUAUACUAGCGUGUAUUUGUUGCAGAACACUAAAAAUUGACUAUAGUUGAAAUUUGUACAAAAAAUUUUUUUUCUAACAUAAAAACCAAAAAUGUUACUUUGUGCCUUUUUGUACUUUUUUGUUUC